UGACAAUAUUUUACCAAACUUUGAUAUCUCAGAAUUCAAGACAUCUUUUAAAUUACAAUGAAAACAGACAUCUCAACAUCAUGACAGUCAACGGAUCGUAUUCUAGGGCGACAAUACUAAUAGACACAGAUUUUGCAAGUAAUUUGUUCACUAACUACAUGGACGUUUAUGUUCACAUUUCGACUAAGGCUAUUCCAUCCUCUCCAUUUUGCAAAGAACUGAUCUCCUUUUUAUUGGUCAAGGACGGCUACGCAAUUCCGAGCGCUUGGGCAAUAACUAAUGAUGUGUCAAGGGAAGGUUACCGAAACAUUUUUCAAAAAUUGAGAGACAUUAUUCCAGGAUUCACAAUAAACACGGCUAUCACAACAUAUAGUCAUGAUUUCGAAGCAGCAAUUCGAGAAGUAUUCCCGGGAGCCAACGUAUAUGGCAGCCUUCUACACUAUAGUCAGAGGAAAUUGCCCGUUUGCAAAAGCAAUCGUACUCAGAUUACUUGAAGCUGGAAAGCAACAUAACCAGGGACAUUAAAUGUAAAAAAAUCUUGAGCAGAAUUAGCGACACAACUUUGAAGAGGGCCUGGAAUUCCUUUGACGAAGGCUUGAUUUCUCAAGAAGAAUGUUUGCAAAUUUGUAGAAAUCGGCAUACGGAUUCAAGAAUAGAAUUUUUAUCGCGGUACUUUGAUGAUAUUAGCAGGGAGAACGAAACAUUAGUGGAAUUGAUAAAUGAGGACUUUGCUGCAGUCUACCCAUUCAGUCUUACAGUAAGGAAUGAUCCCGAUAUUGAAAUAGUGUCGUCAGAGGAAGAAGAUGCCGUCGUUGUUGACAUUGUACCUGAAGUUGCUGAUGAGGUUGCAGUUGAC